AUGGCCGCCCAAUGGACGGCGCCAGGCGACAUCUUCUCGGUGCUCUUGAUUGUGGGGGCCGAUGUGAUCCAGCUCGCGUGUGCGGCAAUGACAGGCGGGCCGGGCCUCCUGCCGACGCCCGUGGCCUUCUCGUUCGGCUGGGUGGCAUAUGCUAUAUCGGCCAUGUUGUCGGCGCUUGGCGAGAGGAGACUGCUAAAGUGCCCACCCGAAGUCGAAGUCAAAGUCAUCAACCUGGCAUCGGGCUAUGCGCGGACUAACCACUCGUGGCUGCUCGGCCGAUUCGUCAAGACGUAUCCCUUCUGGAUGCCGACAAGCGUCCGCGCAAAGAUCAAACCAUCGCCCUCGCUGCCUCCGACAACACAGGGGACCGGCGACCUCCGUGCGGAUCGUGUCGCGCUCUGCGUGGCCGUGUACCAAUGGAAGAGUAGCCCGCGGCCGUCUCAGCCUUCGCGUGACUGGCUUUGGUGGAGCGGCUACGCGACUUCUGCGGUGCAGCUGGCCGUCUCCAUGAUUCCGCUGGUACUGUAUAGGGACUGGACCAUCAUCAUGGCCACGGCCGCGGGCACGGCGCUGUCGUACGCGUCUGCGUCGCUGCCUCAGUGGCGGCGCGAGAAGUGGCACGGCCGCCGCGGCAGUAGCAAGCCCGUGGCGCUCACGUCGGGUAACGGGUCCGUGCAUGUCAUCAUCGUUGAGGGCGCCGACGAGACGUGCGACCUCGAAGCGCUCGCUGGAGGGCCGUGGGCGCAGGACUCGACCUACACCGUAUUCUCGACUUCUCUGCUGGCCGUGCUCUGGUUGGCUCUGCUCAUCAGCUGCACGGGCAUCGCGGCAAACACGUGGUACCUGCUUGGUAUCGGCGGGAUGGGCAUGCUGCAGAACAUUGUCGCAGCGGCGGCGCCGCGGAUGCCCGACGCGCUGGGCCUGCCGGUUCAGCUGGUGAUGCGAGGUGAAGGGCUUGGCCAUGAUGGUGAGACUCUCGGUGUGGUGUUUGCCGAGCCCAAGGUCAUGUGGGCGCUGAUGGAGCUUGAGAUGUGGCGCAAAGGCUAUGGAAGAUAUCUCAGGGAGGAGUUCUUUCCGGGCGCGCUGCGCCAGUGGGAGCAGAAGUGGUGGGAUUCGGUCGACGUGAAUGAGCGGACUCGCUUGCUGGACGACGCGCGCACUCAGUGGCACAAUGAGCAGCAGCGAUUGGCACGUGAGGCAAAGAAUGGGAAGAGUUCAUAG